CGUACAGAUAGGUGAACGCACGUUUGAAGUCGUCCCAGAAUUCAUCUAUCUUGGGUCGGUUGUAGCGAUCUUGGGUUGGAUCUUGGGCAAAGCGGUUGUAGCGCCGUUUAAGUAAAUAUGUCUAUUUGAACGGUUACGGUAUGUUUAUAUUAGACAUGCGCAAGAAGAAUCAUAAGGUUCGGGAAUCAUAAGGAUCGCACGCUCUCAUUAGUGAGCGGAUGCUCGCCGCUUUUCAUUCCACAAAAAUAUGAUUCGCCCGCUCGCAUAAAAAAACAAUAAAAGCUCGUUUGAAACUAGUUUCCCCGAGAAAAAAUAACUUCCAAAUCUUUUACUGUCUGGCUUAUACGGAAUGUAAAUAGCUGCAUGUAAAAACAGCAAAUAUUUGUAUUGUGGUUUAGUAAAACUAAAAUUAACGUUUUUUAUUAAAAAAAUAUCAAAAGCUACUGUCGUCGACUCACACUGCCUAUUCGUAACAAAUUUUUCAAUUCAAUUCAAGUUUAUUCAAAUUUUCAGCCUAAUGGUUUCACAAUUCCUAAAUCUAUCUAAUUGCUAACAUAACCUAUCUUAAUUCCUAAUACUCUUCUCUUUAACUUUUGACCACAUGAAAACAGAUAUUUGAUUAAAAUAGAAACAAAAGAAAAGAAGAGUAAAUAAGAUUAGAUAUGAUAGUCGCAAAAAGAGGAUGAGGAAAUGAAGAGGAUAGGGAAGAGCAUCAGGGAAAAGAAUUAUAAAGGAUUAUAAACGGGGGUGGGGAGGAUCUGUGCUAAUAUUAAAAGCGCGAACACACAGGAGAAGAAGCUCGUUGGAACCAAACGUGGUGUGACGAGAAACCAUUUUUAGUUCGCUACGUGCCCUUAAAAUUCUAGAUGGUGCGUACAAUCCAAUCUGCUCAAGGAGAGUGGGAGCAUCAAUGUGACCAUUAAACAUGCGUCCGAUGAAUUGGACGCGCGCUUGGGAGCGUCUUACUUCCAGGGAUUCUAGACCUAGCAAAUUGCGACGAGAUUCGUAGCUGGGCAUAGCGGAAUUGGGGCCUGCCAUUCGUCGAAAAGCGAACCUUGUGAAACGCUUUUGGACCUUUUCAAAUCUUAAGAUCCAUCCAGAACGGACUGGACCAACGACCACUGAAGCGUAUUCCAACGUUGAUAUAACUAAAGAACAAUAAAGUGACUUGAGGCAAAGUGGAUCACGAAAAUCACUGGUGAGUCUACAUAUAAGCUCCAGCGAUAUACAAGUACUACACUUGCGACAAUCGACUCUAAAUCUUCGUUUAGUGAUAAUUUGUCAUCCCGAAGGACGCCAAGACCACGUAUAAGGGAGGUUCGAGACAGCACAGAAUUGGAGAGCGAAUAUUCGUUACUGACAGAGUUGCGGUUAUGACAGAAGGAUAUUACAGCGUAUUUUUCAGGGCAAAGACUUAGCUGGUUGUAGGAACACCAUAAAGAUAAUGAGUUAAGAAACUCCUGGAGCCGAUGGCGGUCGCUGUGUAUUCUGAUAGUUUAAUUUAUUUUUAAAUCAUCAGCAUACAGUAAAUGACCUUCGGACGGGAGAAUUUCAUGAACAUCACUGACAAAAACUACGAAUAAUAGAGGGCUCAAGACGCAGCCUUGUGGCACUCCAGAGGAGGGACAAAAAGCCGAAGAAAAAGUAGUGUCGGUUUUUAUACGAAUGGACCUGCUAUCUCUAUUAUAAAAUUCUAGUAAAGGCUGAUCAGCGUUACUUUCCAGCGGUAGCUUGGAUGAUUUUUGUUUAGUUUACAUCCAUACAAUGGCAACAACUUUGGUUAUGGAAAACGCAACGCCGACUUGGUUUUGAGUGUUUCGAGGUGUAAGGAAAGAAUGAUACGAGUUACAGUCAGAAUUCUAUAGUUGCACGUGAUUUUUCUUUUGCGUGAUUUUUCGGGAUUUUUUCAUAUAUUGGCCUAAUUUUAGCACCCAAAAAAAAUAAAUAAAUAAAAAUAAAAUAAACAAACAAAUCAAAACUUCAUUCGAUAAUCCUCAUUCGAUUCAAACAACUAGACUGCAUUGCAUAGUGCCAUGAUUGAGACAGAUUCAGAUACUAUUCAAGUCCCGAAUUAUAAAAGCAAGCAGUAUGAGUUUGAGAUUAGUUCCAGUACCCGUAUGUAACAGAAUCUGCAUGGGGUCAGGAUCGGUUCCAGUAUCGUUAUGAGUUCAGGACCGGUAUGGUUUUUGUAGCAGUUAUCCAAGCUGUGGCCCGUGGCGUGCAAAGAAAUGGUCCGCGAAAGAAUUGUUUUUUUUUUAUAGAAAAGUUUAAUACACUCCACAUCGUGUAUUUUUUCGCCAUAAUCGAGAUAAACAUUUCAACAAGAAUGUCUAGAAAAUGAUUUCAACAUAUUUUUAUCAAAAAGAUUCUAAGUCCACAAAAUGUAAUCCGCGGCUAAUCUGUUUUCAAAGCCAAUUGAACUGUGAUCCUUAAAAGGUUGGAGACCACUGCGGUAUGGGAUCGGGAUCGAUUCCACGAUCGGUAUGGUGUCAGGAUCAGUUGAAAGACCGUGUUGGCACGUUUGCCAUGCGGUUUGUCAGCACAUAAAAUGUUUGUUUAUAAAGAUCGGUUGUCACUUGUCCAUUCGCGAUAAUCCGGGCUGGUUAUCAAACCGAGCACCAGGUGGCGUUAGACAGGAGGAUAACACCGACAACAGAAGAUAAACAGGGGGAGAUUAGAAACUAGGUCACGGUCGAGAACAGGGGUCACCAAGGGUCAUGCUAUCUCGGUACGCAAAAAAAGGGCAGUACGCAAACGAUCAGCUGAGAGACCGGACUAUUUUUAAACCGCACCUACACUCGAAAACCAUUAUUCGCUUGUGAAAUCGCCGUUACAAAAACCCGGAAAUAAAAUUAAUUGUUUAGUGAAUUCUAAAACUUGUUUAGUGAAUUCUAAAGCAACAAAUUUUAAAAAUAGUCAGCAUUCAAAGAAUAUUCGAUCCGUUUGCAAAUCUACAUUGUGCAAGAUGCCGAAAGCCGCGAAAGGACACGAUUGCAUUGCAUGCGAUCGCAAGAAUAGUGCGUCGAAUAUGGUGCAGUGCGAUAAGUGCAACGGAUGGAGCCAUUUCGACUGUGCAAAUGUUUCGUGGAGCGUAAAAAACGAAAAGUGGUCAUGUGAAAAGUGCAAAGCCGCGGAAAAGGUCGACGAGUAUCAUGCUGAAGGUGAAAGUAAAAUGGUGCCCGGCAGUAAGCCUCAAGCUAGCUGCGAUUUGGUUCAUCAAGAAGAAACCAAAGCAGCCCAUGGCGAUGGCGAUCAGGAGCCGACAAGGAAGCCAAUCCACACCGAGCAGCAGGAAGCGACCGGGCGAGAAUCCGAGCAACGAGCACCAGAACGUGGAUCGCGCCACGCAGUUAGUGAAAUGUCGAGAAGUUCAUCCAAAUGCACGUUGAUGAAGCUUCUGACCGAGCAAAAUGAAACGGUGAAGCGUCUCCUCGCGGAAAAGGAAAAGAUGAUGGCCGACCAUUUGAAGCUGCAGAUGGACUUGCAGCGUAGAAUGGACGAACUCGAGAAACGGUCCAAUCGGAGCGAUGGAAAAAGUGCCUCUGAAAUCUCAUCGGUCGUUAGAGGUGAGAUGAAGACCGCGAAUUGGGUGCAAAAGCAAAAUGCGUACUUACCACAUGCCGCUAGCAGCUGGGAGCCCCAAGCAACUAUGCAGGAACACCUUACACCUUCGACGAGUAACCAAGAAAGGUACAGUGAUAUGGUGAGAGACAAGUUGCACAGAGAGAGGACAGUGAACUGUCUGAGACCAACUGCAGAUCAGAUUGCAGCCAGACAAGCAUGGCCACGAAAAUUACCUGCGUUUAGCGGAACGCCUAGGGACUGGCCACGAUUUUAUAAUAGCUACGUGGAGUCAACAGCAGCAUGUGGAUUUUCAAACGUGGAAAAUCUAGCUAGACUGGAAGAGUGUUUGUUUGGCGCAGCACGGGAUGUGGUUGAAGGCUGGUUGGAUUCACCUUCAUCCGUGCCGUUAGUAAUUAAAACCCUCCAGCGUCUGUUUGGCAAACCAUCCCUCGUGGUUACGGAUAUGGUGCAGAAAAUCCGACAAGUGCAUCCACCUAGACCCGAACGCUUGGACGACUUAAUUACAUUUGGGUUGGCUGUUCAACACUUAUGCAGCCAGCUUAGUUCCGAUGACCGAAAGCACUACUUAGCUAAUCACGAGUUGCUGGAAGAGCUUGUCGAUAAGCUACCAGCGUCAAGGCAGUUGGAUUGGGCCACAUACAAACGAGCAAUCCAAGCCAAACGCCAAAUAGAGCCUACGCUAUAUGAAUUUGGCCUAUUCAUGGAAGACCUGGUAGAAAAGGCUAGCGAUGUAACUAAGUACAUUCCUCCUAAAUCCAGCACGUCAAGGCCUGCAAGGAAUCAUGACCGUUCGCACGUCUUCCUACAUGCACCAGCAACCAACAGCAUCGAACAAGACAGGAAUACCAGUCCUUCAAGCUUCACCUCAAGUGCUAGAAACCAACCACAAGGUCCAGAGAGAGUUUCCUAUGGGACAGGUGAAUGUCUAGUCUGCCACGAUCCAGCACAUCGCGUUAAACACUGCGAUAGCUUUAAACGCAUGAGCCUUGAAGCACGACAAGCUACCGUGAGGAAAUUCAAACUGUGCUAUGUAUGUUUGGGAAUGCAUGCGUCCAAUCUAUGCAGAUCCAGAUACGUCUGCCAAGUUUCGGGUUGUCGAGAACGACACCACACGCUACUUCACGAGGGUCCACCAGAUUCCACACCCACGUAUACAACGGCACAGUAACCGUCGAAACCUUGGCGUUCCUGGAUGAAGGAUCGUCUCUCACACUGGUGGAAGCAGCGUUAGCGGAACAACUUGGGCUGAAAGGGGAUCCGGAUCCGCUAGAGCUUCAUUGGACUUCCGACGUCAAAAGGAAUGAAGCUACUUCUCGUCGCGUCAGUCUGCAGAUCUCGGCAAAAGGGGGUGAGCGGCGCUAUUCAAUAGCGGCCGCUCACACUAUCAACAAGCUAAGUCUUCCACCACAAAACCCAAAUUUAAAACAUCUGAUAAGAAACCUUUACUACUUGCAGGACAUUCCACUUCUCACCGUCGACCACCCCGUUCCACAAGUGCUCAUCGGGUUAGCAGACGUAGAAUUGCUAAAACCGCUGGAAACACGUUCGGGGCAGCCUGGAGAGCCGAUCGCCGUUCGCAGUGCGCUAGGGUGGGCCAUUUAUGGAACGAUAAAUGCAAGUAAUAAGGAGAGAUGUCAAAGCGCUCAUUAUCACAACACCCAUCUGAUUGAGGAUAGCCACCGAUCCUCCAGCAACAAAGAAAACAAUGAUCAAGAACUGAACGAGACCAUGCGGCAGUACUUUGCGUUAGAGGAAAGUGCUGUGUGUUCCUUUAACAAGUUCCUGUCAGAACCUGAAGAUGUGCGUAGGGCAAAAAUAAUAUUAGAAACCACUACAACUAAGUGCAAUGGCCGUUACACUACGGGCUUGUUGUGGAAAAGCGAUGAUUUCCGUUUUCCAGACAGUAAACCGAUGGCGAUGGCAAGGCUUCGAUCCCUCGAGAGAAAGUUAGAAAAGGACCCAGACCUGAAAGAAAACGUACAUAAUCAGAUACGAUUGUAUGUUGAAAAGGGUUUCGCACAUAGGGCAGAGGAGUCUGAGUUGAACUCGGUCGAACAAAAAAGGGUCUGGUACUUACCGCUCAAUGUAGUUGGGCAUCCCCGAAAACCAGAUAAAAAGCGUUUAGUGUGGGAUGCAGCAGCCAAAGUAAGAGGAGUAUCGUUGAACUCGGAGCUGUUGAAAGGGCCCGACCUGUUAGUGCAGCUGCCCACCGUUCUUUGCAAAUUCCGCCAACGCCUGGUGGCAUUUGGGGGAGACAUUGAGAAAAUGUUCCACCAAAUCCGUAUAAGAGAAGAGGACAAGCACUCACAAAGAUUCCUCUUUCGUUUCGAUCCAAACCAUGAACCACAAACCUACAUCAUGGAUGUCGCAACAUUUGGAGCUUCUUGUUCUCCAUGCUCAGCCCAGUAUAUAAUGCACCGAAAUGCGGAAGAACAUGCCAACAUAUAUCCAGAAGCGGCAGCCGCUAUCAAACAAAGCACAUACAUGGACGACUACUUCGAUAGUUGCGACACGUUGGAAGAGGCAAUUAAUAGGGCAAAACAAGUACGGCACAUUCAUGCGCAGGCUGGAUUCAAUAUGAGAAACUGGGUGAGCAACAACAAUGCUGUCCUCGAAGGUCUGGAAGAAUCAACGAGCGAUCGUGAUCUGUUUAUAAACUUCGGUCAAGAGGGUAAGCACCCACGCGUGCUUGGAAUAAUAUGGGACCCCGUAUCAGACUCAUUCAAAUUUUCUGCAAACUGGCAUGAAGAGCUGAAACCAUACAUUGAUGGCACCAAGAAGCCUACUAAGCGCAUAGUUCUGCGAAUCAUCAUGAGUCUGUUUGACCCAUUGGGACUUGUGGCGCCAGUGCUCAUCCAUGGCAGAAUGAUGAUGCAAGAUCUCUGGCGUGAUAACCUAAAAUGGGAUGAUGAACUAAAUGAAACACAGUAUAACAAGUUUAAACGAUGGACGGCACUACUUCCCAGUAUCCAUUCCCUAAGAAUCCCGCGAUGCUACUUUGGAGUGAACGCGUCAAACACACAUGCUC